GCAAAAUCAUUUCCUGAAUUUGACUCUCAGAAGUACUGGCCAUGAACCGAGUACUUCAACGGAGUCAAGCUAACUAAGUUCUCAAAACUGUAUUCUAGUAUGUUCAUGCUUGUGAGACUGAUGCUGAUUUCACUGCUGGUUUUCGGAAGAUCAGCUGGCCACACCACAAAGACAACGUAUUUCUACUUGAUAAACAUUGCGUACUGUUUGUACUUGCUGGUUGUAAGACCAUUAGAAAACCCUCAAGACAAUAUCAUUGAGAUUGUCAAUCAAAGUCUAUUUUGCUGUCUAGCAGUUCCGCUUUCGUGGUUAAAAACUGAGGCUACAUGGACUCCAUUUUACGAAGGAUACUACACAUCCAUUCUAUCUAUAUCUCCUUCAAUAUGAGCACUGAUCUGAUUUAUCUUUCUACUAAAAUCAAUAUCCACCUACACCAAAAAAUGCAGAACCACCAACAAAACCCCCACUAUCACCCCCAAAAAGCCCUCAAUUCCCCCCAGAACCCCCACUCCCACUCCCUCAAACCGCCCUUCCUCCCUCCAAAACCCCCAUCCUCCCUCAGCAACUGCUCUAUCCUCCCUCCUUCCCACCCUCCCCCAACUCUGACCCCUAACCCUUCCCACUGCAACCCUCCAAACCCAGCACAAGGCCUAUUCCUCCAUAAUAUCUCAAUGCAUAAAUCUUAG